GCCUGCUGAGAUUAGAGGAACUGGUCCGUCGCUUCCUCAUCUCACGAGAGACGCUGUCUGUCAGGAUGCUGGAUGACAACCUGGACCCCACCCCGCUGCUGAAGGAGAUCCGUGACGACAAAGUGGCCACCAUCAUCAUCGAUGCCAAUGCUUCGGUCUCUUAUCUCAUCCUCAAGAAGGCGUCAGAGUUGGGGAUGACAUCAGCAUUUUAUAAGUACAUCCUCACCACCAUGGACUUCCCUCUGCUGAGGCUGGAUGACAUAGUGGAUGAGCAAUCCAACAUCAUUGGUUUCUCCAUGUUUAACACCACACACCCGUUCUACUUGGAGUUCAUCAGGAGCCUGAACCUUUCCUGGCGGGAGGGCUGCGAUUUAACCUACCCCGGCCCUGCUCUCUCUUCGGCGCUGAUGUUUGAUGCGGUGCAUGUGGUGGUGGGGGCGGUGAGGGAAUUGAACCGCAGUCAGGAAAUUGGAGUGAAGCCACUCAGCUGCACCUCGCCUCAGAUCUGGCAACACGGGACUAGCCUCAUGAACUACCUGCGCAUGGUGGAGUAUGAUGGCCUAACAGGGCGAGUCGAGUUCAACAGCAAAGGUCAGAGGACCAACUACACCCUGCGGAUCCUAGAGAAGCACAGAGGAGGCCACAAAGAGAUUGGGAUCUGGUACUCCAACAACACUUUGGCAAUGAACUCCACCAGCUUGGAUAUUAAUGUCUCAGAGACUCUGGCAAACAAGACCCUCAUUGUCACCACAAUUCUGGAGAACCCGUAUGUGAUGCGUAAAGACAAUUACCAAGAUCUCGAAGGCAACGACCAGUACGAGGGCUUCUGUGUCGACAUGCUGAGGGAGCUGGCAGACAUCUUGAAAUUCUCCUUCAAGAUCAAGCUGGUGGAUGAUGGGCUGUACGGGGCCCCAGAGCCCAACGGCUCUUGGACCGGCAUGGUUGGAGAACUAAUCAACAGGAAAGCAGACCUGGCUGUGGCGGGCUUCACCAUCACAUCAGAACGAGAGAAAGUUAUCGACUUCUCUAAGCCGUUCAUGACCCUGGGGAUCAGCAUCUUGUACCGAGUUCAAUUGGGUCGUAAGCCAGGUUACUUCUCUUUCCUCGAUCCUUUCUCCCCGGCUGUUUGGCUCUUCAUGUUGCUCGCCUACCUGGCUGUCAGCUGCGUGCUCUUCCUGGCAGCAAGGUUGAGCCCCUAUGAGUGGUACAACCCUCACCCCUGCCUGCGGGAGCGCAGGGACAUGCUGGAGAACCAGUACACCCUGGGAAACAGUUUGUGGUUUCCUGUCGGUGGCUUCAUGCAGCAGGGAUCAGAGAUAAUGCCCAGAGCCUUGUCCACCAGAUGUGUCAGUGGUGUGUGGUGGGCCUUCACUCUGAUUAUCAUUUCUUCCUACACGGCCAACUUGGCGGCCUUCCUGACCGUUCAGAGGAUGGAGGUUCCCAUCGAGUCUCCGGAUGAUUUGGCCGAUCAGACCAACAUCGAGUACGGAACCAUUCAUGGAGGGAGCACCAUGACUUUCUUCAUGAACUCGAGGUACCAGACGUAUCAGCGAAUGUGGAACUACAUGAACUCCAAGCUGCCCAGUGUUUUUGUGAAAAGCACGGAGGAAGGCAUCGCUCGCGUGCUCAACUCCAAGUACGCCUUCCUGAUGGAGAGCACGAUGAACGAGUAUCAUCGAGGCCUCAACUGUAACCUCACACAGAUCGGAGGCCUGCUGGACACCAAGGGCUACGGCAUCGGCCUGCCGUUAGGGUCUCCGUUCAGAGAGGAGAUCACGCAGGCCAUCCUCCAGAUGCAGGAGAAUAACAGGCUGGAGAUCCUGAAGAGGAGGUGGUGGGAGGGAGGACAGUGUCCUAAAGAGGAGGAUCAUCGUGCCAAGGGUUUGGGCAUGGAGAACAUUGGGGGUAUCUUCGUAGUGCUGAUCUGUGGCCUCAUCAUUGCCGUGUUCGUGGCCAUCAUGGAGUUUGUGUGGUCGACGCGCCGCUCAGCAGAGACCGAUGAGGUAUGCCCCCAUACCUGCCCUCGCCGACCCCACAGACACACCCCAGUGUCUGUCUGUCAAGAGAUGAUCACAGAGUUCCGAAACGCCGUCUCCUGUAGGAAGAGCUCUCGAAUGCGCCGCCGCCGGCCCCUGAGCAGCUCGGCAGCCUUACGACACCCCACCCGCAUYGCUCUCGGGGCCCCUCGGCCCCUGCGGCUGGUACGGGAAAUGCGGCUCAGCAACGGCAAGCUGUACAGCGGAGCUGGGCCCCUGACUGGUGGAGCAGGAGGGGCAGGACUUCCAGAGCUGGGCCCCGGGCCCCAGCGGAUCCUGGACGAUCCACUGGGCGCUAACACCACCCCGCCUCCCCCUGCCCCCACCCCCGUGAUGCUGCCUGCCCGCAGCUGCGCCCAUGUGAGGAUCUGUCAGGAGUGCAGACGGAUCCAGAGCCUGAGARCAGGCUGCAGUUUAGGAUCAGCCUCCACCAGAAUCCCGCCCUCAUCUGCCCCUCUGCCCAGGCUACCUCCACCCCCACCCCCAUCCUCAUCCAACACAGACAGCGAGGGUGGAGGGGGAUCCAGCCCGAGGCGGCUACAUCACAGCUCCCCACCUCAUUCCCCGCGUCGCAGUCUCCCCCCACAGAGCAGCAACAACACAGACCUGCUGGGAGACCAGAACUGAGAGUCAAACCAGCAGGGGGUUGUUGUCAGAAGGCAAAUAACUGUUUUUUUUUUCAUGGGAAACUCAAAAAAAGCGAGUGAGAAUGUGUAAGUUGAACCCCACAAGAAACAAAAAUAUGUUUUAUAGGAGAAAAAUGAAUGUGAAACCUCUAAAAGGUCUUCCAGUUCUGAGGCCGACAGCUACGGAACUGACUGUAGGCCGGGCAGAGCUUCAAGUACCGGAUCAGAACAUCAGUCCAGUUUGAACAAAUCGGAGAAGGACUGGACCGGACUGAAGGAUGGUUUACUUGUGUCUUCUUACUCGCCUCUCAUUCAAAGUUCAAACCUGAAGAUAUUGAUUUUCCUUCAUAGAGACUUCACUGGAAGCCAACUUGAUUUUUGAUAAAAAAAGAAAAAAAUAAAUAAAAAAUAAAAUAAAUAAAAACUGAAGCCUGUCUGGAGGACGUACUGUACUGUGUUCACAUAGGCUCAAAAACAGCAGCUGAAAGACUUCCAGAGAAUUAUUUCCUGUUGGGUUUUUUUUCUUUUGUUGUCUUUGUUUUGUUACCAUUGUUCUAAGUGGGAAUAAAUAAAGACUCUGUGUAACUCUUCGGUGGAUUUUAACAAACUAAGAACCUUGACAGCAGCUAAUUUUGUUCAAGAGUUUUGUGUCCCUCCCUGUGUCCCAAAGCUGCUUUUAGGGUGAUGUGAAAGUCCGAUAAAACCAUGACAACAUCGUGCAAAACAGUAGCAAAGAAAAGUGUUGGCUGUCUUUUUUUAACACUGUGUUUAAAAUCUGUGCGUCUUGUAAGUCCGUCUCUAAUAGCUCAAUAGGGAGCAUGUAUUCAGCAAAAAACCUUUUACCAACGUUAGAUAAUCAGACAGCCGCAGAAAAGGGAGGACAGAGGAACCAAGAAGCUUUGAAAUGUGAAAUUAAUGUCCCUCGUUAUCCAGAGUAACCCUCGCCAAGCUUUUACUUUUUCUUCCAACCUUUUUUCACACAGCGUAGAUGAGAUAGACUGGGGUGAGCCAGAGAAACAAGACAGAAGAACAGAGAGGGAAAUAAAAGAUGGAAAGAGCUUCUGAGUAAAACCGGCACUCCUGAGUCUGAAUGAGAAAUCCCUAACUGAACUUUUUCCAUMAUUAGAUUUGUCCUGAUCUGGUAAUUCUGGGCAUAUUUAAGGGGCUUUUUGUUGCACCAGCAGGCUGUAUCUGCAGCCGCUUCACUACUCACUGUUCAGCAUACCGACGACUUGGCUGUCCGCGGCAGUAACUCCUGCCAACGUGAUAAACUCAACUCAGCCUUGUCGAUACUGUUUCAAGUUUUUGAUCGCCUAAUUACUCCCCUUGGUGGCUGGGGACUCAUUUAGGAGGGGGAGGAAUGCAGACAGAGACGUGCUGAUGAAUAGAUUUAGGAGACAUACAUGGCUUCGCUCUGGGUGAGAAGAUAAUUAUAUCCUUUUUAAUAAUUGUUUUUGUGGAACAUCAACCAAAACAAUUUAAAAUUUAUAAAAGAGUGCAAAAACAAAACACCUAAAUAUCUCUUUCCAGAGAUCAAAGUAUCUCUGACUGAGUUGCAGGCAAGGUCACAGGAUUCUGUCUGCAGAUCCGUUUGGUUCUGUGGGUUUGGGUGGGAGCUUGAAUAGAUCAGGAUUUUUCAUCCCGCAGACGCUCGAUCAGAUUUGGAUUURGGGAAUUGAAAUCCUGGCUGGGUCAGUGCUUUAUUGAGCUCUUUGAAGCAUUUUUUGGAGCGUGAUGGUGCACAUUAUCCAGCUGGGAUAACACCUAAUCUGCAACAGUAUUUAGUUGAGUUGUUUGUAUCAGAGGUAACRUCAUCAUGAACGCUGCCAGAACCUCACGUCUCCCUGUAGAGCCAGCACUGUAACAACAUGAUCAAUGCUUUUCACUUCAUCAGUUGCAUGUUAACACUGUGGCAGAGUUCUUUAAACAGAUACACUGGAGGAUUUUAGUUUUUUUUUUUCAAUUCUCCCUAAUCAGAACACUCUWCAGAUCGCUUCUAAUUGGUUUAUCAAAGUAAACAAUUAGAAAAUGAUCAUUAUUCUUUAAUAAGAGCUCUGAUUCAGUCACUCAAACAUGAGGAAUACAUACAAAUAAAACCACAACAAAGUAACAUCUUUUAGAUCUCAAUGUGGGUCAGAUUACRUCAGCGUGUAUUAGAGUGUGUGUGUUAAUGUUUGUUUACAUGGCUGCAUGUUCUUCUGCACAUAAAUGAGAUCACAACAGUAGAAAGAUGCAGAGGAUUGAUGCAUGCAAGACAGCACAGAGAGAAUGAGUUGUCCAAAACAAUUAUUGACACAAAUGAUUAAAUAAGCACAAAAUUACUUAAAAAAUAAUUUAUAACUGCACGACGAAAAGCAACUUUAUUUUAUAACAAAAAAAUUUAAAAGAUGUCACCUAUUUUUAUGGUUCUGAUUGAUGAAAAAAGACCAAAGUCAGAAUUUAUUAUACAAACAACAUUUGUAUAAUUACUAUUUCUCCUCACUCUUGAACCAAGAGUCAUGUCUCUUUAUUAUGUGACACAAAAUUUAAAUCAAUUUGUAACUAAAUCCUUAUGUUUUUUCACCCCAGCAGAUUUCUGUGUGCCUAAACAUAUCUCCCAUUAAUGCACCAUUACUUCCAGUUCAGUAACAUCUGCUUAAAACUGCAGCACAUAGCUGUUUCUGUAAAGUGGGAGACGUUUGUGCCACUUGUGAAGAAAAGUUUACGCAGUUCUGUUCGUUCAAUCACAGGUUAAGGUGUUUUUUUUUUUUUUUU